AUGGACCGAACAGAUGACCCUUGCACAACUCCUAGAGACGGGAAUAACCCUAAUAUUUAUUCCCAAGAACUUUCAACAGGCCCAUAUUCAUUAUUAACUGGCUCUCCUUAUGAUCAAGCAGCUCCUCCUCCCACAUAUCUAUCAAUUAAUUAUUUAAACAGAGUUCGUCCUACAGAUAAAGAAUCUCAACUUCAAGGUUACGAAUUUAUUCCUGAAGGAGGUUUAAAAUGCAUAGACGAAAGAGUUUUAUCAAAUCAACGAGGAAUCAUUCUUGAUGUAAUUGCUCAGGUUUCUGCUUGCUUGAUUAAAGGAAAAGGAGUUGUCGGAUUAAGCUUACCUAUAAGGCUUUUUGAGCCUCGCUCAACACUUGAAAGGAUGCUUGACCGCUGGAGUUUUAUGCCUGCAUUUUUCAAUAAUAUAGCAGAACACAAUCAUUUAGAAAGGUUUAAAAGGGUCAUCGCGAUGGCUGUGGCUGGGCUUUAUAUCAGUCCAUCCCAAGAAAAACCAUUUAAUCCUUUAUUAGGAGAAACCUUACAAGCAGAAUGACCAGAUGGGACCAAAGCUUAUUGCGAGCAUACAGUCCAUCACCCACCAGUGACGAAUUUUUAUAUACUUGGAAGAGAGUUCAAGAUGUAUGGACAUUUAGAGCUGACUGGAAAAUUCAAAAAAAAUUCAUUAGUAGGAGGAUUGCAGGGAAAAGUCAAUGUAGAGUUCAAUGAUGGACAAAUUGUGACUUUUACGUACCCUCAGUUUAAAGCUGGAGGAAUUAUUAUGGGAACCAGAACUGUGAAUUGGGAAGAAACCAUGAGUUUUGAAGACAAACAAAAUCAAUUAAGUGCAAAUUUAGUUUUUGGAGCGGCUAGGAAGAAAAGUUUAUUUAAGAAAGCUAUUGGUAAAGUGGAUGAUUUUAAAGGAGAAUUGCAACAAAAUGGAGGCAAAUUGUGCGAUAUUGAAGGGAAUUGACUUAUCCCCUUGUAGGUACGAAAAAAUUUUAAUUGCUUUUAAAUAAAUUUUUGUUGCAUUGCAAAAAUUGGAGAGGAAAAAUUAAUUUAAUUAAUUGGAUUUAUAUUUAAAAUGGAAGCUAUUUAAUAAUUCAAAAAAAAUUAUUAAAUAGAGAUUUUCAUUAUAAAAAUUAUAAAAAAUGCUUUCUUUCGAUGGGUGGGUUUUCGCCGAUAGAUAUGAAUUUUCCUAUUAUUUUACUCUCUAAUGGGAGGGAGAGUUAGCAAUUUAGUUAUUGAUGGGGUAGAAUAUUGAAAUAUUAAUUUUCAACAGCCAGUAUUUCAUUAUUUUUCAACUUAUCCUUUGCCAAGUGAUUGGAGAUAUAGGGAAGAUUUAGUAUGGCUUGCCAAAGGGAAUUCAGAGAUUUCACAGAAAUGGAAGUUAAAAGUGGAAAAUAAGCAAAGAGAUGAUAGGAAACUAAGAGGGCUUAAGCAUUAA